CAAAAAUAAUAAUUACAAAAAUGUCUUUCUACGGUAAAGUUUUCGCUCUUGAAAGCCAAGAGAAUUACGAAGAAUUCGUCAAGUCAAUGGGUCUCCCCGAGGAGAAAACGAAGAGUCUAUUGGAGUACAAACCAAGCCAGAAAAUUGAAAAGAACGGUGACGAAUACACUUUCACCGUCUACUCCAAGAAUGGAGAAAAAGUGUACAAGUCUAAAUCAGGCGAGGAGUUCGCAGACACCUUUAAAGACCUUCCCGUCAAAAUUAUAUUCACUGUAGAUGGCAAUAAAGUGACGCAAAUCAUCAAAUUCGACAUCGGUUUCACUCUUACUAUCAAGAAGGAAUACUUUGAUGACAAAUUUAUCGAGGAAAUUUCUCAUAGCUUGUGGGAUGGUGUUGCCAGAAAAGUCUACAAGCCUUUAUAAACGGCGCAAAGUAAAUAAAGUUUGGAAACCUGAUAACAGAAGUAACAUU